AUGGAGCAAGUGGAUUUGGUUAGUGCCAACAUGUUGGCCGCAGGGGCCAACAAGAAAUCCGUUCGUGUUGUGAACGGGUUGGGUAAGCUGAUGGGGUCCAAGGAUAUGGUGAAUGUGGACUUCGAAGCAGACUCGAACAUGGACUAUCUUUUGGAACAGGACAAGAAGGAUAAGGAGAAAUACAAGAACAGGAAGCACAUCAGUGAGAUGCCAUGGACGGUAAAUAACUGGCACUUGCAUUUGAACUGGUUGAACUUGACUCUUGUGGUGUUCAUUCCAUUGGUUGGUUUGUACUAUGCGCUUUCGGGCCGUGUGCCAUUGAAGCUCGAAGUGCUCAUCUUCGCUAUGAUCUACUACUGUUUCGGUGGUGUUUCCAUCACUGCUGGUUACCACAGAUUGUGGGCUCACAGAUCUUACUCGGCCCACUGGCCAUUGCGUUUGUUCUUUGCUGUUUUCGGUGCUGCCAGUAUCGAGGGUUCCAUCAAAUGGUGGGGUCACUCGCACAGAAUCCACCACCGUUACACAGACACCGUUAGAGACCCAUACGACGCCAGGCGUGGUCUAUGGUACUCCCACAUGGGCUGGAUGUUGUUGAAGCCAAACCCAAAGCACAGAGCUAGAGCCGAUAUCGCCGACUUGGUGGACGAUUGGAUUGUCCGCUGGCAACACAGAAACUUCAUCCCAAUCAUGAUCUUCUCCGCAUUCAUCCUGCCCGCUAUGUUCUGCCACUACAUGUGGAACGACUUCUGGGGUGGUUUGGUGUACGCCGGUAUCUUGAGAGCUUCCGCCAUCCAACAGGCUACUUUCUGCAUCAACUCGUUGGCCCACUACUUGGGUGACCAACCUUUCGACGACAGAAGAACCCCAAGAGACAACUGGAUCACCGCUUUGGUCACCUUCGGUGAAGGUUACCACAACUUCCACCACGAGUUCCCAACUGACUACCGUAACGCCAUCAAAUGGUACCAAUACGACCCUACCAAGGUAAUCAUCUACAUGACCUCCUUGUUCGGCUUGUCCUACGACUUGAAGAAGUUCUCCCAAAACGCUAUCCAACAAGGUUUGGUCCAACAACAACAAAAGAAGUUGGACCGUGCCAGAUCCAAGUUGAACUGGGGUUCUCCAUUGUCCCAACUACCAGUAUGGGAAAAGAGCGAGUUCCUCGAACACUUGAAGGAAAACAGUGGCUUGGUCGUCAUCUCCGGUAUCGUCCAUGACGUUAGCGGUUACAUCACAGAGCACCCUGGUGGUGAAACUUUGCUCCAGGCUUCUUUGGGUAAGGAUGCUACUAAAGCAUUCAACGGUGGUGUCUACUUGCACUCUAACGCCGCCCACAACAUCCUGGCUACAAUGAGAGUCGCUGUCGUUAAGGACAACGUUGACCAAGCGGCCAAAUUCGCUGCCAGAAGGGGCGAAGUCUACGAAAAGAAAUAG